GCGUGUUGGCAUGUAGUCACCUUAAAUACGCGUGCACCCGACUUCCCGUCCUUCUUCCCAGCAUCCUUUGUCAAUUAUUAACCAUGGAAUCAGCUACACUCUCCAGGACGUCCUCGAUAGCCAGCAUAUCUUCCGUAGAUGAUACUGCGCGUCGUACGCGCAAACGCUUUUCUACUGUUCAGCUCAUGAUGCUAGAACAGCUUUUCCAUCGCACAUCCCACCCGACGCGAGAUGAACGCGAAGCCCUUGCGAAUUCAGCAGGAAUGGAAAUAAAAUCUGUUACCAUAUGGUUCCAAAAUAAACGUCAGACAGAGCGCAAAGUGGCCCUCCACAAUGCCACGAACGUCUCCAAUGAAGACGGCUCUUCCUCUCCACCACUCGGGCACGGACAUGCUUCUUCGUCACGUCAUGUCCAUUCCCGAUCAGUUUCUUUUUCGAGUUUGCAUACUCCACGGAGACGGAUAACGCCUCCUCGCCCGCGUCCCUCCCUUGACCGUGUCGCGGCACGUUCCGAAUCGCGUCUCCAACCACCCCGCACACCUACGAAGCCUCAUAAUCCACACGCGUCACUCUGGGAUAAUAUGCCCUCCUCUCCACUGGCACCUGCCAGCCCUCCUACGCGCGACUUGGUAGACUUUGUGGGCAGCGGGCGCACCCUUGAAUGGGCAUGUGCUGCAGCACGCCUAUCCGGAAAGCGUCAAGAAGGCGAAGCAGGUGCUGAAACGGAAGACGAAGAAAUGGAAGCUAUUACGCCGGAAGGGAGCUUAGGGGCCGGAGAUGAUGCCUGGAAUAAGAGAGCUGCAUUUCCCGUCCAGAAGCGCGGGCACGUGGCUCGGAACUUGAAGUUUGCGCCCAUAGUACUGAAUGGAAGAAAAAGUGCGAUUCAGGACGACGAUAUGAUGCGAGCUGCGCUGGUCUUGUGUGGACUGGGAAAGCGCAGCUAAGGAAUCAUUAAUCAGGCGAUGACAUUAGAGGACUUUUGGCACGCACAGCACUACCCUUAUUAUUUGCACAUACCCUGCAUUUCCAAACCGCAUCUUCACAUUUGUUAUAAUAUUGCUGUAUAUAUCAUAUUUUUGUACGUCUUCGAGCAUUCUCCGGUAGGACUCCGUUAUCUGUGUGAAUUUUGAAAUGAAAGACCAGGAAGCAAACGACUCGACAGUCCUGAUGCUUACUUUCACCGAUUAUUGAGUCGGGGCUCAUAAUCUCUGCGAAGAGCCUGAAUAUACUUGAUCAGUAAUUACAGACGAUUCAGAAGGUCGAGACAUGGUCGUCGGUGAAUCAAAUCAGGGGGGUCAUGUAGAGUUGCUGUGCAGAUCACAGAUAUCCCAUGUAGGAUCGAUGGGGUAGCUACAAAGACACUUUAAAUGAGCUUAACACACUUCAAGUUGCGGGACGUGUA